UUCCCCGUCUUCCACGGCCAGGGGCCACGUUUUCCCUGGCCGCAGCAGGGGUGGGGAACGGUUUACUAGGCUCCAAGCGUGCUUCCUACUCAUUUACUUCUUGCCCCACCUUAAGGGCAGCGAGCGGCGCUGCGUGACCGCUCCUAGCGCUCGCCGCUUCUGGGAGAGAGUGGGUGCUGGUGCAAGAUCCUGUGUGUUUGUGCCAGGCUCACCCACUGGCCCGCGCUGGAGCUCUGGGUCCCUGCGGUCCUAAUAAAGAACUUUUCAGUUCUUCAACAGAGCGAGAUAUUACUCCAAUCAGGCCUUCAGCAUUUGGUGUUCUGGUUUCUCUUCUGUUACUUUUGGCCCAUAUUUUCCUUCUAUAUAUACCUGUGACUUUUAGAUGACGCUCUCAUUUGUUUCUUUCUGUGUAGUUUUGGAAGUACAGAAACCACGCAGCCCGCUGCUCACAGAGUGUAUUCAUACGAAUUUGCAUGACGUGUCGUGAUCUUCCCAAGUCAUUUUACUUUAACAAGUUUAGUGGCUUGAAUGUUCCAGUCUUACCAAUUUGAACUUCCAAGGAAUUACUUCCAACAGCCAUAAGCUUGUAGCUUUCACUAAACUUAUGUGGUAUCUUUUGAGAGGAUUUUUUUUUCAUUACCGCAUAUAUACUAUGAUGGGCUGGAAAGUACAUAAUUUAACACUGUUUAAAAUUCUAUAUGCUAUUUUCAUAACUAAGAUUAGCUUGGCUGUUAAAGUGAUUGCUAGUAUAAUCCAUAAAAAGUCCAUAAAAAUCUUCUCAACUGAUCACCGAUUUCAGAAAGUAUCAUUGCAGUUCUAGUGACUGAUGCAAUUAGCUAUCUGUUGGCUAAUGUUAGGAAUAGUAACAUGCUAUUGAAAUUAACCUUCAGUACCCUGUGCAACCAAAUAUGAGAAUAUAUACAUAUUUAUUUUUGUAAGUGUGGGCGGAAAAUUUGAUUUAAUGGUGGUUUCAAACAAUAAGGUUCUUGCAUUUGUGAUCACAUAAAAGGUUUUAGUCUCCAAUUUUGCUUUCAGUUCUGAUUCUCUUUAGUCUCUUCAAAACACCUGAAGUAGGCUUAUGUCAGCUUUGGAAUUCAGCCAAAGCUGAAUAUUUUAAGAACAAGAAGAACUUCAUGUUAAGGAAACCAGACUAAAUAAACUAGGGCUUUCUGGUGCUGGUAUUUUUUUUACAGUCUUGGUCUUCAUAACUGAACAUGAGUAUGAUGUAUUAUAGCUUAGUUCUUUGUGUGACUUGCUAUAAAAAUUGCAUACACGUAACUUUUUCUAAAAAUUACAGCACUCUUAUUUUUGGCUUAUAAUUUGGAAGAAGCUUCAAAGAACUGAAAGAUAUGUGAGGAAAACACCCAAGCAAAUACUGAGCCUAUUUUUAUUGCACAGAUAGAUUCAGUAUUUUUUAUAAGACUCUGUAAAAAAAAAAAAAUCUUAAACUCUCAGCUAAUUUGAAAGAAAGUUUCCUAACAAGGCUCACUUACUGUUUAUUCUCCAAAUACUGUUUGUGGGAAAGGGAGAGAGGAAGAUUACAAGGGAACCGACACUUGAACUGUAUCUUGCUAAAUUCUGCAAACAAGCCUGAGAAGGAAAUACUUCCUAUCCUUCUUAGAGGAGAAAACCAAGGGCUCCAUGACUGGCCUGGACUCGGAGGUGGUAACUGGUCAAUGCAGGAGUCUACUUCAGGUGGCUGACCCUCGAAGGUCAUCUUUGCCCUUGCUGCCCCCAUUUAGCUGGGCUGAUUUACUCCCAGGGUCAAAGGAAGCUCCCUGUCUUGGAAUCAUGUGAUGGAGAGCUGCCAGGGACCUCACAAGCCAUCCAGGGGCAGUGUGGAAUAGUGAGGAGGACACCCUGUGGGAAGCCCUAUGUUUCCAAGCCACCUCUAUCUCAUCUGCUGCUUCCUUCAACCUGGACAGGCCCCAGUUUCACCCUUUCCCGUGUGUGUGACACGAACUCUGAGCCCUCUCGUUCGGCACCGAAGAUGUGACAGAAUGAUGAUGGUAGCAAUUUUGGCCAAACCCUUUGGUUUUCUCAGCUGAGAGCUGCCGAGAGUCUGAGGGUGGUCGAAGUUGUCUUCUGAUUUCUGAGAGAGCACUUACUCCUCCUCCACCAGGGACACGUUUUUCUGUAAAGGGCCAGAUGGUAAAUAUUUUAGACUUUGCGGGAGGUCUCUCUCAUAGCUACUCAACUCUGUAGUUGUUACGACAGCAGCCAGCUCAGUACCUAAACAAGUGAUUGUGGCUGGGUUCCAGUAAAAUUUUGUUAGUGAAUCCUGAGAUUUCACUUUCAUUUACUUCACAAAAUAAUUACUCUUUCAAUUAUUUUUCAACCACUUAAAAACGUAAAAAAAAAAAUACAUUCUCAGGUUGCAAGCUGUACAGAAACAGGCCUGGCGAGAUUUUUGGCCCCUGUGCCACGCUAUCUUUUGUUCUACCUACAUUUACUACCUUCAUUUGGAAAUUGAAUCCCCAAGAUAUACUCAGAAGAGCAGUGUCCCUCAAGUUAGAUCUGAGUUUUCAUCCUGGCUCUUCUCCAAAGUGUGGAAUUAUGAACAGAGCCCUUCAUCUCCUCCGAAAGCCUGUAGCCUUGACAAGGGUCUGAUGUGGAGGGGAAAAUCGAACUAAAUUUCUUUCUUUCUUUUUUUUUUUUUUUAAGUAUUUUUUUAGAUGUUUAUUUAUCUUUGAGGGAGAGAGCACAAGGAGGGGAGGGUGGAGAGAGAGGGGUCAGAGGAUCCUGCACUGACAGCGGAGAGCCCAGUGUGGGGCUCAAACUCAAAACGUGAAAUCAUGACCUGAGUCGCAGUCGGUCACUCAGCUGACUGAGCUACCCAGGAGCCCGGAACUACAUUUCUAGGAUUCCCCCAUUUAAUCCCUCGAGUUUGCAAAGGUAGGGCAGCAUGGUAUGUUGGGACAGAGCAUCAGAACAAGAGUGUCCAGAUCUGGAUUCUGGCCUUUGGUUCUUCUCUAAUUUGGAGCAAAGUGGGAUGCUGGGUGGCUCAGUUGGUUAAGCAUCCAACUCUGGCUCAGGUCAUGAUCUUAUGGUUCAUGGCUUCAACCUCCGCAUUGGGCCCUUUGCUGACAGCUCGGAGCCCAGAGCCUGCUUUAGAUUCUGUCUCUCUGUUUCUUUCUCUGUCCCUCCCCUACUCAGACUCUCUCUCUCUCUCUCUCUCAAAACUAAAUGAAUAGGGGCACCUGGGUGGCUCAGUUGGUUAAGCGUCUGACUUUGGCUCAGGUCAUGAUCUCUUGGUUGGUGAGUUAGAGCCUGUGUCAGCCUCUGUGCUGACAGCCCAGAGCCUCUGGGGCCUGCUUCAGAUUCUGUCCUUCUCUCUCUGCCCCUUCUCCACUAGUGCCCCCCCACCUCAAAAAAUAAAUAAACAUUAAAAGAUAAAUAAAUGUUACAAGUUUUUUUUAAAUCUCCAAAAAGAGUGGAAGGUUAGAAUAAUUGCUCUGUUAAAUUCUGUACUUUAAAAUUACAUUAAUACAAAAUGAAUUACAUUAUACGUUAUAUAUAAAUACAUAUAUUUAUAUACAUAAAUUACAUUAAUACCAAAUGACUUAUUUCAGUCCUUAGAGGUGAAUCAACUGCUUGUAUAUAUCAUAUCCUCAGCCCCUCAAGGAGUUCAGGGUGAGUGGAAAGGGCAGACAUCAAGCCUGGCUGCAGCAGGCCUCUGCGAAGAUCCUUACAGAAUGCCUUGGGUCCCAGGAGACAUUCUAGAGUCAAACUAGGGGGAGGGCAGGUUCAGAGGUGACAGCUGAACUGAGUUGGAAGGGUGAAUAAGGGCUACUUAACUUGGAACAGCUCAGUUUACUGGACUGGACAAGAACUUAAAGCUGGGUUACAUUUUUAUCAGCUUUUCCCUAUCUGUGUGUACCAGGGUCUUUUUAAAGAAUAGAUGGCAGUUGAAGCUUUUCCCUAUUUGAUUAUUGUUUAACCAUAAUCUAGUUCAUUCUUUGACUACACUUGUCAUUCUCUCUUUCAUUCUGUUCUGAGAGGAAACUAAUGUUCUAUCGAAGCUUUUGUGAAAAUCGUCAUAUUUACGUGUAUGAGACUGUUACUCACAGAUGGCAAAUGGCAAGCUAACAACACCCCUUCCCAGCCCCCUGCAUUGUAGGCAGUCAGUUUCUAUAAAAGUGAAGAGAUGGCAGUGAUAUGUUAGUGAUACAGAGCUACUCCGUUCAGGUAGACAGUUCCAUCUGACAGCAUCUCAAAAAAAUUUUUUUUAAUGAACAUCAGUUCUGUGAAGUAUAGCUAGAGUAGGCUUUAUUGUUCCCCCCUUUUUGAUUGUAAGGAAACUGAACCAUAAAGAGAUUAUAUUCGUUCGUUCAGGUGAAAUGACGUAAAGUUGCUGCUUGGAACCGGGAGCACACUUUGUUUAGAAACAGGCUUAGAGGUGUUGCUUAGAUUCUGGGACUAGCCUGUGAGAAGCCUUGUUAACUCAGUGUACUUGAAAUAUGAAACCCACUCACCAUGUUAUUUUUUAUUUUUCUUAAAGAAGAAUUCUUUCUUAUUUUUGAGACAGAGAGAGACAGACCUUGAGAGGAGGAGGGGCAGAGAGAGAGGGAGACACAGAAUCUGAAGCAGGCUCCAGGCUCUGAGCUUUCACCACAGAGCCCGAUGUGGGGCUCGAACCCACAAACUGUGAGAUUAUGACCUGAGCCAAAGUCGGAUGCUUAACUAACUGAGCCAUCCAGACACCCCAAAACCUACUCACUACUUUAAACAUUCUGGAAAAUUAUGUUCCUAGGACUGAAAACUGGGACUUUGAACAUACCUUUCCUUAUGUUAGACCCAGUCACUUUUGCUUUCAUCUAGUUUCUGGUAGCAUCUGGCCAGGUGUAGGAACAUCUCUUUGGAUUGGUGAGGAUGAGAGGAGGCAAUAUGGUGACAUAGAGGACAAAGGAAGGCUUGGAAGGCUGCAGGGAGAGGAGGGAGACUGAGUAGGGGACUUGACCCUUGGUGACUUGGCCAAGAAGUAAUGCCAGCAGGGGAUGCAUUAACACUUUCACCUCUUUCAAGCUUCUCGCCCUCCUGACCUUAUAAUUAUGGCUCUCAAUGUCCUGUUGAUGUGAGACCCAGGACCAUUGCUCUGCUCAGGGCUUUUCACUCCCUCAUCCACCGGGGUCCUCACCAGGCUUACUGCAGAUGGCAGUCUCUUCCUCAGCCCUUCACCCUGUUGUACCCAUGGAAAACAGGAAGGAAACACAUGCUGGUUGAAAUGGUAAGACUUAGUUUUUAUAUUCUCAUGUGUAUUAUGUUUCUGCUUUGCUCGGGUCAGGAUGAAAGUUACCCAUUUAGGUUAUGUCAUUGGAGAGGCAUCUGAACUUUCUGGGCUUUGGUUCCACUUGCUCCCAGCAAGACUUCCAGUCUUAUUUGAUAAAAAGCAAAACAAACACAACCUUUGUCUCCUGUCUAUCCCAGACUGAGAAGUCUUCUAGCCCAAUCUGCAUUUUCUACUUUUAAAUCCAGGGAUGCUUUGGUAUACAUAGCCUCAUAUACUUUGAGGGAGAGGGUGAAAUCUGUAUUUCUUUUUUAUAUAUAACUGAUUUUUAUGUUUUACUGUUUUUGAGAGACACAGAGAGGGGAGGGGCAGAGACAGGGAGACAGAAGAUCUGAAGCUGGCUCUGCCCUGUCAGUGCAUUUCUUAAAUAGUGGUUCCCACGGACCAGUUAAAAAAAAUUGGGAAACUGACAUGUGUUUGUCGACCUUUAAUGUUCCCAAGUAAGGAUAUUGAAUAGAGAAGGACAGAAAACUCGGCAACCAGUCACUUACUGCUACGAUUUCUUAAAGAGAAAAGACAUUUUUGUAUUCAAUUAGGAAAGGCAUAACCUUAGAAUAAAGAACAGUUCUUUACAUAUAGUAAAUGUAUGAGAAAACUCACUAUUAUUCUUCUUUCUCCAUUUCCCCAAGGAUGAGUGAAAACUUGAUGUUACCAAUCAACAGAGCAAUGUUUUGGCAACCUCUGAUCUAAACCACCUUUUAGUCCCAUCAUACUAAGUCACUGCUUCUUUGUGCAAGAAAUAAGCCUUAGCAAAACUAUCAGUUUUGCAAACAGAGACAAACUCAUAAGGAAAAUCUCUGGUUAAGAAGGUAUUUAAAAAAAAAAUCCCGGUGGUGCUCCAUACAUGGCUGUUCUCUGGGCUUUUAACUUUUUGCUGGCAUAUUACUAGGACAGUUGCUGACUGCCCACUAUGAAUGCAGAGCCCCAGGCUUCCUCUUUUGUUUUGUUUUGUUUUGUUUUUGGAUGACUGGUCAGUUAUAAUUUUCCAAAAAGGGUAUUACUAGAAAAUUGGAAAAAAGUAAAAUUAAAAAGAAAAUCCCGAAGCACAAAAAUAAAUGUUUUUAGAGCACUCGUUUCUUACCCCACGUUGUCAACUGCCGAUUGUCGUGACUGCCCUGCUUUCCAGGUUCUUGGGAUCCUGAUUUCUUUCCUCAGCGUGGUCACCUUUGGUCUGCUUGAGACAUUCAUCAGUUGGUAGUUUGAGUGGGUUGCACCUCUAGGUGAAGCCUAAUUAUAAGUGCACAGUGUAGCCUUGUCUCACCAGUGGCGCUGGCUCCCGCCAGGCUUCUGGGAGUUUUCUGCUACAGGUCAGUUCCUCUCUGGUGGCUACAGGGACUGUCCCCUGCUUCCUGUUUCAGAGGCCUGGGUAGAGGCCCGUUCAGUUCCCGUUUCAGGCUUGCAGGAUAAAAUUGGUUCAGGGCUUCUUUGUGAAGCAGUGGGGGAUUGACACGCGCAAAGCCCAAUGAAUGUGCAAAUCUCCACCAACAGGUAUCAGUUGUUUCUGCUUUCCAAGUUGUUGUCCCAAGUAGUCCCUUCAGACCCCACUCCACUCUGCGUGGGCCGAGAUGGAAGUUGAGAGUGUGGUAAAUGGAGGGGCGGGGGAGCAGUGUUGCAGGAACCCACAGCUCUGUGAAUGGCGGGAAGAAAUCCGGAACCCACAGCCUUGGGAAGGGUGCUUCUUGAAAACAGCCUUGUCGUCCCGUAAUUUGGAUAUAGAUAUCGCUGUGGUGGAGAUGAGUGACGCCUUCCGACAGCCAUCAUUGUUUUACCACCUUGGGGUCAGAGAAAGUUUCAGCAUGGCCAACAACAUCAUCCUCUACUGUGAUAAUAAUUCAGACUCUCUGCAGUCACUGAAGGAAAUCAUUUGCCAGAAGAAUACUAUGUGCACUGGGAACUACACAUUCGUUCCUUACAUGAUCACUCCACAUAAUAAAGUCUACUGCUGUGAUAGCAGCUUCAUGAAGGGGUUGACAGAGCUCAUGCAACCGAACUUCGAGCUGCUUCUUGGACCCAUUUGCUUACCUCUUGUGGACCGUUUCAUUCAACUUCUGAAGGUGGCACAAGCAAGUUCCAGCCAGUAUUUCCGGGAAUCUAUACUCAAUGAUAUCAGGAAAGCUCGUAAUUUAUACACUGGUAAAGAAUUGGCAGCUGAAUUGGCAAGAAUUCGGCAGCGAGUAGAUAAUAUUGAAGUCUUGACAGCAGAUAUUGUCAUAAACCUGUUACUUUCCUACAGAGAUAUCCAGGACUAUGAUUCUAUUGUGAAGCUGGUAGAGACGUUAGAAAAGCUGCCAACCUUUGAUUUGGCUUCCCAUCACCAUGUGAAGUUUCAUUAUGCAUUUGCACUGAAUAGGAGAAAUCUCCCUGGAGACAGAGCAAAAGCUCUUGAUAUUAUGAUUCCCCUGGUGCAAAGUGAAGGGCAAGUUGCUUCAGAUAUGUAUUGCCUAGUGGGCCGAAUCUACAAAGAUAUGUUUUUGGACUCUAAUUUCCUGGACACUGAAAGUAGAGACUAUGGAGCUUCUUGGUUCAAAAAGGCAUUUGAAUCUGAGCCAUCACUACAGUCAGGAAUUAAUUAUGCGGUCCUUCUCCUGGCAGCUGGGCACCAGUUUGAAUCUUCCUUUGAGCUCCGGAAAGUUGGGGUGAAGCUAAGUAGCCUUCUUGGUAAAAAGGGAAAUUUAGAAAAACUCCAGAGCUACUGGGAAGUUGGAUUUUUUCUGGGUGCCAGUGUCCUGGCCAAUGACCACAUGAGAGUCAUCCAAGCAUCUGAAAAGCUUUUUAAACUGAAGACGCCAGCAUGGUACCUCAAGUCUAUUGUAGAGACAAUUUUGAUAUAUAAGCAUUUUGUGAAACUGACUACAGAGCAGCCUGUGGCCAAACAGGAGCUGGUGGACUUCUGGAUGGAUUUCCUGGUGGAGGCCACAAAGACAGAUGUUACUGUAGUUAGGUUUCCGGUGUUAAUAUUAGAACCAACUAAAAUCUAUCAGCCUUCAUAUUUGUCUAUCAACAAUGAAGUUGAGGAAAAGACAAUAUCUAUUUGGCAUGUGCUUCCUGAUGACAAGAAAGGUAUACAUGAGUGGAAUUUUAGUGCUUCUUCUGUCAGGGGAGUGAGUAUUUCUAAAUUUGAAGAACGAUGCUGUUUUCUUUAUGUGCUUCAUAAUUCUGACGAUUUCCAAAUCUAUUUCUGUACAGAACUUCAUUGUAAAAAGUUUUUUGAAAUGGUGAACACCAUUACCGAAGAGAAGGGGAGAAGCACAGAGGAAGGUGAUUGUGAAGGUGACUCCUUGGAGUAUGACUACGAAUAUGAUGAGAACGGAGACAGAGUUGUUUUAGGAAAGGGCACUUACGGGAUUGUCUACGCAGGCCGAGACCUGAGCAACCAAGUCAGAAUUGCUAUAAAGGAAAUCCCAGAAAGAGAUAGCAGAUACUCCCAGCCCCUACAUGAAGAAAUAGCAUUGCAUAAGCAUCUGAAGCAUAAAAAUAUUGUCCAGUAUCUGGGCUCUUUCAGUGAGAACGGUUUCAUCAAAAUCUUCAUGGAGCAGGUCCCAGGAGGAAGUCUUUCAGCUCUCCUUCGUUCCAAAUGGGGCCCAUUGAAGGACAAUGAGCAAACAAUUGGCUUCUAUACAAAGCAAAUACUUGAAGGAUUAAAAUACCUCCAUGACAAUCAGAUAGUCCAUCGGGAUAUAAAGGGUGACAAUGUGUUGAUUAAUACCUACAGUGGCGUUCUCAAGAUCUCAGACUUCGGGACAUCAAAGAGGCUUGCUGGCAUUAACCCAUGUACUGAAACUUUUACUGGUACCCUUCAGUAUAUGGCACCAGAAAUCAUAGACAAAGGACCAAGAGGCUACGGGAAAGCAGCAGACAUUUGGUCUUUGGGCUGCACGAUCAUCGAAAUGGCCACAGGGAAACCACCUUUUUAUGAACUGGGAGAACCACAAGCAGCUAUGUUCAAGGUGGGAAUGUUUAAAGUCCACCCGGAGAUCCCAGAGUCCAUGUCCGCAGAGGCCAAGGCGUUCAUAUUGAAAUGUUUUGAACCGGACCCCGACAAGAGAGCCUGUGCUAACGACUUGCUUAUUGACGACUUCUUAAAAGUUUCAAGCAAAAAGAAGAAGACGCAACCUAAGCUUUCAGCCCUCUCAGCUGGAUCAAAUGCAGAGUAUCUUAGAAGCAUAUCCUUGCCCGUGCCCGUCUUGGUGGAGGACACCAGCAGCAGCAGCGAAUACGGCUCGGUUUCUCCGGACACGGAGUUGAAGGUGGAUCCCUUCUCUUUCAAGACGAGAGCCAAAUCCUGUGGAGAGCGAGACGUAAAAGGAAUACGGACACUCUUUCUGGGCAUUCCAGACGAAAAUUUCGAAGACCACAGCGCUCCACCCUCCCCUGAAGAGAAAGAUUCUGGAUUCUUUAUGCUGAGGAAGGACAGUGAGAGACGGGCCACUCUUCACAGGAUCCUGACCGAAGACCAAGACAAAGUUGUGAGGAACUUAAUGGAAUCUUUGGCUCAGGGGGCUGAAGAACCUAAACUAAAAUGGGAACACAUCACAACCCUCAUUGCAAGCCUCAGAGAAUUUGUGAGAUCCACGGACCGAAAAAUCAUAGCCACCACACUGUCUAAGCUGAAGCUAGAACUUGACUUUGACAGCCAUGGCAUUAGUCAAGUUCAGGUGGUACUCUUCGGUUUUCAAGAUGCCGUCAAUAAAGUUCUUCGGAAUCAUAACAUCAAGCCACACUGGAUGUUUGCCUUAGACAGUAUCAUCCGAAAGGCGGUGCAGACGGCCAUCACCAUUCUGGUGCCAGAACUGAGGCCACAUUUCAGCCUCGCAUCUGAGAGUGAUACCGCGGAUCAAGAAGACUUGGAUGCGGAAGAUGAGCGUGAGGAACAGCCUUCAAACCAAACCGUCCAAAGACCUCAUGCUGUCAUUGAAGAUGCCGUGGCUACCUCAGGGGUGAGCACGCUCAGUUCUACUGUAUCCCAUGACUCCCAAAAUGCUCACCGAUCACUCAAUGUGCAGCUUGGAAGGAUGAAAAUAGAAACUAAUAGAUUACUGGAAGAAUUGGUUCAGAAAGAGAAAGAAUUACAAGCACUCCUUCAUCAAGCUAUUGAAGAAAAAGACCAUGAAAUUAAACACCUGAAGCUUAAGUCCCAACCAAUAGAUAUUCCUGGAGUGCCUGUGUGUCACCGGGAUUCUCUGGGCACAAAUGCUGAAGAGUCUGAACUUGCUGAAUGGCUGAGAGAAAAGGGAGCUGAUGAAGACACUAUAAGUCGGUUUCUGGCUGAGGAUUAUUCACUAGAGGAUGUUCUCUACUAUGUUACACGUGAUGAUUUAAAAUGCCUGAGACUAAGGGGAGGAAUACUCUGCACGCUGUGGAAGGCCAUCACUGACUUUCGAGACAAACAGACUUGACCGUCGCUCAGUUUGUUUCCAACCUUCCGUGGAGACUCCAGCAAUACGGAACGGAUCUUCUUGGGGGAGGGAGAGGAGAAAGAAGCUGCACUUUAAAUCCAGUAUUUGUUUACUCGUGUUAAAAAAGAAAAAAAAGGCAAAAUACACUGAACUGCUUCUAUUUCUAGAAUUCAUAAGGACUCUUUGUAAGGACUCUCCAAAAAUAAUCCUACACAUUAGGAUGCUGAGGACUAUUUUAGUCUAAACAUUUUUAUGGAGAUAUUUUUAACUCGGCACCUGUUGCACCUCAGCCCAAUGUUUAUUUCACACGAAACAGAACAUUUCAUGGGAUUGUGCAUCACUGGAACAAAACCAAAAUGUGACCAUGACUUUGUAGGCUUAUGUGUGUUUGUAAGAUACUCUGAGUAGAAAUGCAUAAUUUCAAUUAUUGUAUAAAGUUUAUGUGUUUUUUUUUAAGUGUGCAGAAUCUGAAAGCAAUGGUUUUUACUUACCUAUAUCUGUAUUAAUUGUAAUAUCGACUAUAUUUUGUAAUUUAAGUUUCUGGCCCCUAGUACAUUCGAGUCGUUUAUGUACUACUGAACUGUACCAGUUGCACUUGCCUGAACCAUAGUAACGUUAGCUUGUUCUAAAGCUAUCCAUUGUGUCAUAUUUACUCUAGUAAAUAAAAAGACUCUUCACCUACUGUUUGAUAAA